AGAGACACACAAGAACCACCAGCUUUGGAACCGGACUUUCUCUCUUUCUCCAGAGCUUCCUCUCUCUCCUUCUCUUCUAUUUGUUGUCCUUCUUCUGGUGCUGCUCAGGGACCGCACUCUGUCCCGGUGCUCGUCCUCCUCUUCCACUUUCGAAUGAUGCCAAAGACAUUGUGAGGAGUCCAAAAGCGGUCAUGCUGCGUCUGAAGUUGCUCUACUUCCUGUCAUCCUUGGCGCUCUCCUUUUCCCUGGCGGGCGGCCAGGCGGGGGUGGACCGGGUGCAGGUGAAGUUCACGCCGACCAUCUGCAAGGUGCGCUGCAGCCAGCAGCGUUGCGUCAAUCACUGCGAGCGCGGCAACGUCACCACCCUGUUCAGCGGCCCGCCGGCGCCGCCCCACGGGGACGCCUUCAGAGUCUUUGUUUGUCGUCUGCUGUGCAAGAACGGAGGCGUGUGUCUGCUGAGGGAUCGAUGCCUCUGCCCCUCAAACUUUACCGGAAAGUUCUGCCAGAUUCCCGUCACCUCGCGGGCCACGCCCCGGUCCUCCUCACCCAACGAGGUCGUCAACUCCGAUCUGACCCGAUCGGAGUUUCUGCUGCCGCUGGGGGCUUCGAAGCCGGACCUGGAAGCGGCAGGAGCGGCAGCCGGAGCAUCCCUGGUGAAGGUGGCGGUGCAGCACCCCCCCGAAGCCAGCGUGAAGGUUCAUCAGGUGAUCAAGGUGGCGGGAGUCUCGGCCGGCGCGCUGUCUGGUUCCGCGGGGGCGCCGGCUCGGGCGGAGGGCGGCGUCCGGGCGCUCGGGGACCAAGGCGUCUACGCCCAGCACGCCGGCUUCAAGUUUUGCUUCAGGGAGGUCAAAGACGGACAGUGCAGCUCUCCUCUGCCGGGGCUGAGGAGCAAAGAGAUGUGCUGCCGGGGUGCGGGCAAGGCCUGGGGCGAUUGCGCCCUCUGCCCUCCACACGCAGCUCCAAACGACAGCGGCUGUCCCGUCGGCUUUCGAGCGAGCAACGGAAGCAACUGCCUUGACGUGAACGAGUGCCUGCGGCCCGGCCUUUGCCAGAACGGCCUGUGCGUCAACACGGCCGGGAGUUACAGUUGUGUUUGCGAGCCGGGCUUCAUCUUGGAUGCCUCGCAUGGACUCUGCAUCUCCCACAGGGUGAUAUCUGAGGAGAAGGGCCAGUGCCACCGGGUCCUGGGUUCCGCUCCGGGCCCGUCCUCCUGCUCGCUGCCCAUCCUCAGGAACAUCACCAAGCAGAUCUGCUGCUGCAGCAGAGUCGGCAAAGCCUGGGGGCCCGACUGCCAGCGCUGCCCCCACUUUGGCUCGGCGGCUUUCAGGGAGAUCUGCCCCGCCGGUCCGGGCUACCACUACUCCGCCUCCGUCCUGCCCUUCAGCCAGAAGACGGCGGCAGAUCAACUGGGCACCCGAGGAGCAGCUAACCGGCAACAUCACGGUGCCGGCGGGUCUGAGCAGAAGCCCCGCUCCGGCCAACCCGGUUCCGCCGCACCUCGCCCGGCUGGCAGCCCGCCGUCGGCGAGACCCGCGACUCCCGGGAGCGCCGCCCGGCACAAGCCGCGGCCGACCCGCCCGGAACCGACCGCCUCUCCGGUCAAAUCGCCACCGCGAUCCGGCGAGAGUCGCGCUACGGGCCGCGAUCACGGAACUGUCGGGAGUCAGGGCGUGACUGACGGGCGUCGAGGCAUCGCCAGGCAGAACCAAGGCAUCGCCGGCAACCAAGGCUCAAAUCGGAACCAAAACGUGACCGGGAGUCGAGGCUGGAGUCGGAACCCAGACGCUAGCGGGGACCGACGUACCGACGGGACCCAAGCGACCGCUCACAAACAAGGCACAGGCCGAAUCCCCGAUGCCGGUCUGGGUCAAGGGAUCAGCCAAAGCUCGGGCGCCAGUCCACCUGUCAAUCAAAACCCGGGCAACGGUCGGAGCCAAGGCGGCAGCGGCAGGAGCCACGCUACCAAUCGGAACCGAGGCGCCGGCCAAGGCGCCGGCCAAGGCGCCGGUGAGAGUCACAAAAAGCAAGGAACAAGUGGGAGUCAAGCUCUUCUGCCGGGAAGAGGAGAUUCCCUUCCGGACCUGGCUCCGGCUCGGCGGAUCCCCGACAGAGAUGUGUCGCCGCAAACGACCACGCGGCCGCCCCAAGUCCAGCCCCGAGGCGCGUGUGAGCGCAAAGCCGACGUGUGCGGCGCCGGUCGCUGCGUGGAUGGGCCGGCCGGCAAACACGCCUGCGUGUGCCACCAAGGCUACCGGGCCAACGCCCAGCGCACACACUGCCAGGAUGUGAAUGAGUGUGUCGCGUCUCGAGGUGUGUGCGCCCCAGGCGAGUGCGUGAACAGCGAAGGCGGCUACCGAUGCGUCUGUCCGCCCGGAUACAAGACGGACGCUCGGAAGAGCAGCUGUCAAGACGUAAACGAGUGCGAGGAUCCCCUGCUGUGUCCCGGUCAGGAGUGCGUCAACAAUCCCGGUUCGUAUCGCUGCGUCUCCUGUCGGCCGGGAUUCGGACUUCUGAACGGAGUGUGCGCAGACAUUGACGAGUGUGUCCGAGCUCCGUGCGCCAACGGAGACUGCCAAAACACACCCGGUGGCUUCCGAUGCCUCUGUCGUCACGGUUACGAGCUCAAGAACAACACCUGCGCAGAUGUGGACGAGUGCGCGCAGCCGUCUCAGUGUCCAGGUCAGACGUGUGUCAAUUCUGCGGGCUCGUAUCGCUGCGUGUCCUGCCGCCCGGGAUACGUGCUGAGCGACAAACAGUGCGCAGAUGUGAACGAGUGUGAGGAUGGAGCACUGUGUCCAGGCGGGCGCUGCGUCAACACCAAGGGCUCCUACAAGUGUGUGGACUGUCGCCAAGGUUACCGUGCUACAAAUGGACUGUGUGAAGACGUGGACGAGUGCGCAAAUGCGUCGGCGUGCGAGGCGGAGCGCGUGUGCGUCAACACCGCCGGCUCAUUCCGCUGCGACUGCUUACCGGGGUAUCGAACGUUUGGCCGGGGCAGACCGUGUCGAGACAUUGACGAGUGUCUGGAGGAGAACUGGUGCCCCCCCACGGGAGAGUGCAUCAACACGCCGGGCUCCUUCACGUGCGCCUGUCCGCUUGGCUACGCGCUCAGCCAGGCCCACGGCAACACCGCAAGCUGCAACGGUAGGUCCGACUUGUUCCGGCGACCUGGGCCCGUCCCAAAGCGAGCGCUUACACGUGACGGUGACAAAGUGCGCCCGCCCGACCGCCCGCCCUUCUCAGACGUGGACGAGUGCGCGUCGUCCGACGGAUCCCUUUGCGGGGGCCGGGAGCGCUGCCAGAACACGGCGGGCUCGUACCGCUGCCUGACUUCUUGCCGGCCGGGCUUCCGGGCCGACGGACGCUGCCACGAUGUGGACGAGUGCGCGUCCAUGCCGGGCGUGUGCGGUUCGGCGCGCUGUGAAAAUGCCCGAGGAUCGUUUGUGUGCGAGUGCGACGCGCCGGGGGAACACUUUGACGCGGCCGCUCAACAAUGUGUGAGCGCGCUGCCGCCGCCGCCAGAGGCUUUCCCCGUCCGUCCUUCCUCGUCUUCGCCGGGCGAGCUGCGCGAGUGCUACUACAACGUGGGCUCGUCGUGUCAUUUACUGGCCGCCAACAGCAGCUGGCAGGAGUGCUGCUGCACCCUGGGGGAGGGCUGGGGCCUGGGCUGCAGGUACCACGCCUGCCCUCCCGCCCACUCAGCCGACUUCCUGACGCUGUGUCCCAGCGGGAGAGGAUACGUGACAGCCGGGGAGGCGGAGUUCAGCUACACAGACGUGGACGAGUGCAAGCGCUUCCAUCCGGAAGUGUGCAAGAACGGCGUUUGCGUCAACAACAUUCCCGGUUACAGCUGUUACUGCUCCAGCGGAUUUGUUUACAACGUCGCGCUCCUCGAGUGUGUCGAUCUGGACGAGUGCGAGCAGGAGAGCUGCGAGGGCGGCUCGUGCGUCAACACCUUGGGUUCUUAUUAUUGCAGCUGUCCGCCGCCUCUGGCUCUGGACGACACGCAACGCAAGUGCGUCAACGCCUCUCACCUCUCCCUGGAUGAGAACUUGUCGGUGUGCUGGCAGACGGUGAGCGCCGAGCUGAUGUGUCAGAGUCCCUUGCUGGGGGCGCAGGUCACCUUCAGCGACUGCUGCUGCCUCUACGGCCAGGGCUGGGGCAUGGAGUGCGCGCUCUGCCCGCAAAGCGACUCCGAUGACUUUGGCAGUCUGUGCAGUUCCUUCCUUCCCGCCGUCUUCCCCGAGGCGCCGGGAAGGGAACCGCUCGGAACGGGACGAGAGGGAGGCCCGCCUUUCUUCCCCCCGUUCAGCAGCGACGCCUUCGCCCCGGACCUCCUUCCCGCCACCGACUACGACGACUACUCUCCCGUUGGGGGCGCUUCCGAGUUCCCGGGCGGGACGCCGCCGGCCGUCGCUUAUCCCGCCGGCCCACCGCGCUUCGGCGCGGGUUACUACCCGGGGAGUGACUACGAGGACUCGCCGCCACGCCGGGCGUUGGGAGCGGGGCCGCCGCUAAGCGCGCCUCCCCUCAGCUCGGCUCCGCUCCCCCGAGGAUCUCCUUUCGACGAGGAGGCCGAGCCUUGGGGGCCCGCGGCGCCGUUCCGGCCUUACGCGGAAGGCGGCCCCGGGAGGCUAUAUGAGCGGCGCUACGACACCUACGCCGGCUUGAGCGCGGCGGCGGAGGAUUGCGGCAUUCUGGACGGCUGCGAGAACGGCCUGUGCAUCCGCCUGGAUGAGGGCUACACCUGCGACUGUUACCACGGUUACCGGCUGGACGCCACCGCCAUGACGUGCAUCGACGUCAACGAGUGCGAGGGCGGCGUCGACGUGGACUUCCCGUGCGUCAACUCGCGCUGCGUCAACACGGACGGUUCCUUCCGAUGCGUGUGUCGGCGCGGCUACGUCAUGUCGCGCACGCUCAACCGCUGCGUGCCCGCCUAGGCUGGACGGGGACCAACAAGACCGGACCGGAUGGAAAGUGGUGCGGAGACGCCGAGACCACAAAAGCAUGUGAAGUGAACCUUCAGCGGGACUCCAACCGGCUUCGGGAAGUCCCUGCCAAGGUCCAAGUUUAGCCUUAGCAUUUGGUCUUCACCCAGUUAAGGCGUGUAUCCAGGUGGAAUUUGCCUUAAAUGUCAUUGGUCUCGUUGUCAUACUUCAGAUUUUCAAUUUUCACCCAAAUUGGAUGAUUGAUUUUAGGUGAAGCCCCCCCCCCCCGCCAAUGUGUAAAGUUGCUGUCAAGUCGCCGGCAGCGCCCAAAGAGUUUUGACAUUUUUCUUUUGACCGUGGCGGCGCUGUGCAGGACAAGAAGUUAUACAU